AUGGUGGUGAUGCAGAUGGCGAGGCCAACACCCUCCUUUCAGCCGAUUCCUUUCUCUUCAUUCCAAUGUGGGGCGUAUUCUUCCCAGGCAGCCGGUGCGGGCUACUACAAGAUCUCAGGAGGGUCUAUGAAGAGCGUUUCGAGAACCUCUCCACAGACCGCACCAUCUGCUACGGCGCAAGCUGUGCCACAAACCGUGUCCACUGCGCCGACCACACGAACUGUGCCCCAGCAAUCCUCGCGAUCAGGGCCUAGUUGGCAGCCGCCUGCACAAAGUGUGCCACAGGCAAAUGCACGACCAGUGGCAAGUUGGCAACCUUCUGCAAAAACAGUGUCGCAGCCGGCAGUGAAAAGUGUCAGGCAGGCAGCUCGACAGAGCAUAGCUGCAGCACAAGCAGUGCCAGAGCCAGCUGCACAAACAGUGCCACAGCUGGCUGCACAAAAAGCGCCGCAGCCGGCUGCACACAAAGUGCUCCAGCCAGCUGCCCAAACAUUUUCUCAGCCUGCUGCACAAACAUUACCACAGCCAGCUGGACAAAGUAUGCCGCGGCGCCCACGAGCAGCUUCCACUAGUUCCGAGGCAACCGUUUUGCCAGAGGAUGCUCAGGGUGGUGUUGAAGCUGAAGUACGACGCAUAGUGAAGCACGUUUGCCCCACGUGCUCGCAGUCUUUUGCCAGCCACGAGGACGUACGAACGCACUGGCUGGAAAAGCACACGGCCAAAGACAAGGGAACCCAAGAAGCUGCCAGCGAAGAAGCCAAGGUGGAAACGCAAGGCAGUGGCAAGCAGGACCCGUUGUCCCCGCCAUCUGACGCAGCAAAUCCAUUUGAGUCCGGUGUUGGGGAAUCUGAGCCUUCCGCUAAGCAGACUGAUGACACCAUGCGAGCCAAGAUUGUUGAGGUCGAUGAGGAGGGCAAGCCAGUGAUUGUGCGGCAGCAGGAUGAAAGUGCACCUGGAGGUGUACGCACAAUCAUCACUCAGGAGGAUGGCUCAUGCAGCGCAUUUGGAGAGGCGAUCGUCUCGUCUUUGCUAGCACAGGGACAGACCAAGGUGAUGGCUUGGAUUUCGAGCAUGGACGCCCGGAACCUGCGUGGCCUGGUCAAUGAACUUAGUGAGAGGUUCUUCGACAUACAAAGACACCUUUGCGAUUGUAAAGCUGAGUUGGAGGAGAAGAGACGUUUGCGCGGCCUUUCCAUGUUCAGUUUGGAUGGCGACUGCACCGAGAAGGAUCUGGAUGUUGCUUACCGAAGAUUGGCCCGUACUAUGCACCCUGACAAGAACGGUGGCACAGAGGAAGCCAAAGAGCAGUUUCAGACCAUGAGGGCCAGCUACGAGGAGCUGAAGGAGCAAUUUGAACAGGGAAAAAUUGGAAAGGCUCAAAGUUCUGAAAAGGAUGCUCCUCCUUCGCCGGAGUCGACGCCGGAGGAUGAAAAUGAUACGCAGAAUGAGACACCGAAGGAAGACCCAGAAGUGCCAGCGCCCGACGCGGAGAAUACCGAGGACGGUAGUGACACCAGUCCCAACGCCAACAAUGCUGGAGGUACAAGCAACAAGUCGAGCGGCCAGGAGACCAUCUUCUAUUGCCGCUCUGAAGACUUGAGUGCUCUGCAAGGGGCUGUUUGCAAGAUCCUUGAGAAGGCGGCUCAAAGGUUCGAACGAAGGGCACUUGGUGAGGCUGGAGCAAUCUUGGCGCGUACUAUUGGUAUGCUAUUGUUUACCUUAGCGCUUGAUGAUGUACCGUUGGCCUUUGCAUCUUCGCAGAUGAUCUAUGCCUUGGUGUGGCUUGGGUGGAUUGCUUGGCCCUUCCUGUGGCAGAAGGAUUCCAGUUGGAGACCAGCUGUCACAAAAGAAGGUUUUGUGUCCAAGCAUCAUCAGACCCUCUUCUGGGAAUUUGCUGGGAUGGUGAUGCUGAAGUUAGGUCUGACAGAGGGCGAGAAGAUUCUAUUGAUGGUUCUCUUCAACGCGCAGCAGUGGGGCGUGUUUGGAUUGGUCUCGAACCUGGGAUCCAUAGUCCUACGACUGCUUUUUGCGCCCAUUGAGGAAAUUGCCUACAGCGUCUUCUCGGCAGCUUCCCUUGACCCUGAGAAGCCUGAUAGCCGGAAAGCGCAAGUGUCCCUGCUCAGAGCGCUUCUGCUGCUUCAAGGAGGAGUUGGUUGGCUCGGCCUUUGCUUCGGGCCCAGCUUUGCGGAGACCGCAGUUCGCAUUUUGUAUGGUCAAGAGUGGGCCGCCUCCGAGGCACCGGCAGUGUUAGCUGCGUACUGCGCAUUUCUCUUCUUUGCCGCCCUCAACGGCAUCUUUGAAGCUUUCAUGUACUCACAGUGCUCUCCUGCAUGGGUGAGACAAUGCAACUUUUGGCAGGUGGGCAUCUCCUUGGUUCUCCUGCUGGUCUCCUGGGUCGGCCAAAGUGCUGGCCCCAUAGCCUUGGUGCUGGCGAACAGUUUGGCGAUGCUGCUGCGUGCAGCCCUAGGAUGCAUCUUCGCCUACCGUCAUUUGCAGCCUUCGUGGACGGAGCUUCGUUUGGGGCCCGUGGGUCAGCUGUUCUGUCUUCUGGCCCUGGGGAGCCGGGCCAUCGAUGAGCUUGAUGCAGCUGUGGGGCCGACGGACAGGCCAGGCGAUUCCAGUACAGAGCCUUGUGCAGUGUGCGGCGGACCCACUGUCUUAUGUUGUUCUGGCUGCGAGGACAUCUUCUACUGUUCGGUAAAUUGCCAGCAGAAGGACUGGGCAAGGCAUCGCCUCACAUGCAACAAGAAGUCCACCCAGGUGGCUCAGCAAGUCUCAAAGGCGCUAGCUCCGGUGAUCCCUGCCGAACCGCAGGAAUUACCGCUAUACAAGCAAGAGAUUGCUCUGGCAGGUAAAGAGCAUGCUGUAAGAGGUGCAGAGGAGAAGCGGGAACGGCUGCGAGGAGCAGCAGUGGCUGCCUCCAGGGAUAGACGCUACAUGGAUGUGCUUGACUCGGCCAUGCAAGCUUACCAGAUGGGCUCCGCCGAAACUCGUCGACGCACUGCUGGAGAGCCAGAUGUCGAUCUGAAUCAGCUGAUUGAGUUGCUACUGCUGGCACGUGCUACCCAUGUUGCUGGUGAGCAUGCAUCAGGUUUGAAGUACUUGGACCAUUUGGCGAAGAUGGUGGACGGUUUGACUGGUGCUGAUGGUAACCUGCCAGUUUUCCAUCCUUGUUCCGCUGCGACGUUGCUGCUUUGCACAGCAGAGCUGUGCACACUCUUUGGUCAGCAGGAGCGUGCCACUGAUUACAGCAGAGCCUACAUGGCCAUGGCAAGACUUGCGCAUGGGGAGGGAUCUCCUGCGGUGGGUGAUGCCUACGGAUUUCAUGCGGCCCUGCUGGUACGCCGGGGAUGCUUGGAGGAGGCAUUGCAUCACGCAAUGAUGAUGCUUCAGGUGAGGCAAAGAUGUGGUGAUGACAAGUCCAUCGCAGAUGCUCAUUGGAACAUUGGCGCCGUGCUUCGAGAACUUCACCAGUACAAAGCUGCCAUUGAAAGUUUGGAGGCUGCCAGAGAGAUCUACUCAAGGUGUUCUGGAGAGGGCCUGGACAGCUCCCAGGCUGACAUUGCGACGGCAUCGGUACUUCAAUUGCUCGGUGAACACCAACGAGCUGUUGAAAUUCUUCGGCAAGCAGUGCGAGCCAGACAACGCACCUUUGGCUUUGCCAAUCUCGAGACGAAGCGGGCAGCUGAACUGCUUGCAGAUGCAGAGGCCAAGUUGCAUCAUGAGGCGGAAGCUGGACCUUGGCGGAUGCCAAUUUUGACUUCAACAGAACUUACCGGACCCUUCUGA